UUUCAAAUUUGGAGGGUUAGAACUUAGAAGUGCAAAAAGCAUAAUUAUUCAAAGGCUCGAGUAUAUUUAAGCCUUAGAAAUUUGGUAUUUUGUUACUCGGGGCUUUCUUCUUCACUAUCUCGGAGGUUUCUCUUCCGAUUCCAGUUACUUUGGGCUCGACGCGUUCGAUGAUUUGCCUCCGAUCGUCUCAGUCUCAGCGAUACUUAAAACUCUUCUCCUUCCACUUUAUCUUUGGAGUUUUCGCUCUCUAAGGUGGAAGGGAAAUGUUUCUAAAAGUACAGCUGCCCUGGAAUGUUGUAAUCCCUGCUGAGAACCUCGAUGCUAAAGGAUUAAUGCUUCAAAAGGCAAUUGUUAUCCGCUUAAUGGAUGAAUUUGCCACUAAGAAGGCAACUAAAGAUCUUGGAUAUUUCCUUGCAGUCACGACUCUAGAUAAGGUAGGAGAGGGGAAAGUGAGGCAGAAUACAGGGGAUGUGAUGUUUCCGGUGGUUUUCAGUGGCAUCACCUUCAAGCUUUACAGGGGAGAGAUCCUGGAAGGAGUUGUUCACAAGGUGUUGAAGCAUGGAGUUCUCUUGCGAUGUGGUCCUGUUGAGAAUAUCUACCUCUCUUCUCUGAAAAUGCCAGAUUAUCAACAUAUGCCUGGGGAGAAUCCUUUAUUCUUGAACGACAAGUCGUCCAAGAUUGAAAAGGAUGUGGUGGUUCGAUUUAUUGUCAUUGGGACUAAGUGGCUUGAAGCAGAUAGGGAGUUUCAGGCAUUGGUCAGUCUGGAUGGUGAUUAUCUUGGACCAAUUGCUUAGUAAUAUCCCCCUUCGAUCACAGUUGACGUGAAGGUAUGUUAGUAUAAUUGUACCUUUUUUAAAUGAAAAUGGUUAAUGCUGUUCGAGAAGUAGUUUGUACCCCUGGGUUAGAGUUAGAAGCUGCAACUGCUUUUGAAGGUUGAAAUCAAUGAAAUGAAUGGAACAUCGUCUUUUUCAUUAACAAAUUAAGGUUAUUUUACUUGACAAUCCAUCUUUAGCUGCAUUAUUAGUUAUCGAAUUUUGGAGCAGAGCUUCAUUAACAGUGUAGUAAGAUAUAUCCAUUCUUCUCUCCCAUAUGAAUAUAUAUUUGAUUUCUUAAAUAUAAUUACUGUUAAUUUA